AUGCUUAUACCGUUCAUAGAGCAGAUCCACAUAGGCGUAUUCAUACCGAAUAGGAAGCUCCAUACGGAGCCAAUGAAGCAAUUAGGAGAAUACCUGAAGAGAAAAGGAUAUAGCAUAUACUACUUCGAGGAUGCGUAUAGGGAUGAGACUCCCGUUGACUCCUGGCCGCACGUCGAUGUGAUGCUCACCUUCUUCUCGGAGGGAAUUGACUUUAUGAAGAUCCGGACGUAUGCGAGCAUUCACAAGCCAUUCGAAGUGAAUGCGAUCGACAGGCAGUUUCUUCUCCUGGACAGGCGCUCUGUGAUGGCAGUCCUCGACAAGAUAAAGGUCCCAACAGCAGAAAGAAUCGUAUACAACGGGAGCAUUCGGAAGAAAGGAUCUGCAUAUGCUCCCCCUGCAAGUACUGCGGACUUAGUGAAAACCCCGAAUAACCCAAACCAAAACCAAAACCAAAAAUCUCAGGAUAUCUCCGUGGAGAAGGAGAUUGAAGAGAUCGUGCGGAAGCAGUUGGAGGUCUUCAACAUCCGGAGAGACGACCUUUUCCAGGGAUCCAGCCCAAGAUCCUGCCACGAGGAUACGCUCUCCGUGGGAAGUGCUCGCAUGGAGAAGCCGUACGUGGAGAAGCCCGUAUACAGUGAGGACCAUAAUAUCCACAUAUACUACAGCAGCAAGUGCGAGGGAAGAGAGAACGGGAUCUGCCGCCUCUUCCGGAAGAUUGGCUCUAAAAGCAGCAACUUCGACAGAAACACGCAGGGAACUUCGUACAGGGAGGACGGGAGCUUUAUAUACGAGAAAUUUCUCCCCAUAAAAGACUAUCUCGACAUAAAAGUGUACGUUCUUGGAAAAACUGUGUACGCUGAAACGAGGAAGUCCCCCGUUAAGGACGGAAUUGUCAUACGGACGGAGUCAGGAAAGGAGGAGAGGAAGGAGAUAGCGCUGACUCCGCUGGAAGUAUCGGCUGUUCUGAGCGUGAGUAAGGCCCUUGGGCAGUUCAUAUGCGGGAUGGACAUCCUCAGAACCUCGAACGAGAAGUUCAUUGUCGUGGAUGUUAACGGCUGGUCCUUCGUAAAGUCCAACGUAAAGUACUACACGCAGGCGCACCUGAAGCACCUAGAUAAGAAGAUAAAGAGACACGUCCUGAAGGGAAGAGCUAAGAGCGGAGAUACUUCCCGGAGAGAGGACGUUCUCCUGUACGGGAAAGUUCUGGAAGCAGUUGUCUCAGAUGCUGGGGGAAAAGGGGAAGUAUCAGCACGAGAUGUCGAGAUAAAAGGCGUUCACUCCGUGUACAGGCACGCCAGGAGGACUCCGAAGCUGAAGAAGAAGCUCUCUUUCGCGUCAGAGCGUCUCCUGGAGUACGCUGGAAGAGCCUCGCACAUGGCAGGGAGAGAUACGUCGAAGGUGAAGGAGCUCGAGCGAAUCCUGGGCGAAGAGAGUGCAGGAAAUGCGAAGUUUGCGACCCACGGGAAUCUCCAUGCCCUGAAGGCCCUGAAGGAAAUAACGAAGGAAAACAGCGACGUACGGGCGAAGCUCAGCAUCGACGGGGAGAGUGUGAGAGUCGUCCUGAAAUGGGGGGGAGCCCUCACGGAGAGAUCCCGGAAGGAAAUAGAGUACGAGGCGAUGGAGUACGAGUCCUUUCUCUCGACAGUUGAGGGGGACUCCUUCUCGAACUAUGCGAUAUAUGCCCCGAAUAAACCCGUAUCGGAGAGAAAAACGGAGAGAAAAGUGAGAAUUUUAGCAAACCCUGAAGAUCGGACCCUGAAAACAGCAGAAAUUUUCAAGACGGUUUUAGGGUGGACGGAAAGAUCUGGGCACUCGAUUAAGGAAAAGUACUUUUGCAUUUCCAGGGAUGCUGAUGAUCAUGCAGAUAUCUCCUGUCCCAGGCUUGCAAGUGCGUACUCUAUGAUGAAGGAGUCCUUCCUGUGCGGGGAGUCCUCGAAAAUUUCCGUUGAGCCUCUUCUUGGGGCUCCGCUGGAAAAUGAGUACUCCUGCGCGGACGGGGAGAGAGAAAUAAGCCUUCUCUACAGGAAUAAGCUUACGAUAAAGGCAGAAAAAGGCCUGGAGAAGGCGGAGAGAGGCUCUGGAGGGUGUAAGUGCGCGGAUUCAGCGUGUGAGUGCGCUGAAAUAGGGUUUCUCCGGAGGUGGUGCUUCGUAUUCAACGAGUACCCGCUUCUGACCCUGAGAAAUACGAAGACAGUUAUUCCGUUGCUUCUGGACCUGAUAGAUUACGACAUUCUAUCGAGCCAAUACGAGAGAAAGCGCUCCCCCAUUUUCAAGUACUUCCCCUGCAUAGAGGAAGUCUUUGCUCUUUUCAACGCGCAUGCGAGUCUUCUCUACAGGAAGAGAAUAGAGAAGUUCUUCAGAAAAAGUCUCUCCCUUGAUGUUGUUGAGUAUUUGGAAACCCGUAUGAAUUCACACUCUGAUACGCUUUAUGUGACGAAGAAGUUCACUCUGCUCGUUCUCUUGAAGUAUAUCCUCAGCAUAGAGGAGACUGUCUAUAUGAACGAGAAGCUGAAGGGGCGGAUAGAGGAGGCUAUGCACAGUAUAGGGUUUCUGAGCUCGAUUUCUCUCGUGCAUUUAUCGUGCCGGAGUGUGGAGUACGUCCUUGUCCUGUACGGGCACGGGAUACACAUCCACAAUAGGAUCCACAUGAUGCCUGCAGAGUCUCCAGAUCAGAUACUCCGAACGGAGAGAAAGAAAGUUCUCUCUGUGAUCAGAAAGAGUGUUUUCUUCCCAAAACCUGAACAAAUAGUGAACAAUAACAGUGAAAAAUAA